AAAUCCGGCUUCGAAAAGUUUUCCAAAAAUCGAUUUUGCUUGUAAAAAGAUCACCUCAAGUCUUGGCUAUCGAAUGGCAAAAAUCAAAAGCCUCUAUCUUUAUUUGGUGCUGAGUUAUUCAAAAAAUAAUCACUACUCUUGUAUUUUGACUGCGAUAGUAGUUACUCAGCUUCAAAAUUCAACAAUAUUUAUUCGAACUGCAAAGUGGAAACCUUAGUGUUUAAAACACUAUCGGAUUUAAUCAUAAAAGAAAUAAACAACAACAGCAAUAGAGUGUGAGAAGAUUAGUGAGCGUUUUAAGAUGUAACAGCUAGUAAUAAAAAAGUGAGUUUGUAAUGAUCGUUUCAUCAUGAUUGUUGAAGGCAGCCAAUUGGUUAAUUUAGACUAGAAGAUACUGUUUCUUUAUCGAUAAAUGGUUAGUUAUUUAAUCAUUUUUCAUGACUUCACAUAACAAGUGGACACUAAAACGACGCUUUGCAUAGAUAGUUCAUACUGUAAGUCCCUCAAUAUUUCAGUCUGAAUCAAACCGAGUGACAUAGCAAUAAGUUCAGCGACACCUCAAACAUUAUGUCCUCAGUUACAAUUAUGUCAAGAAAUUGUUGAUAGCUUAAAAUGGCCUCUCAACUAUUUUAAUACAAACCACAAUCGUUGUUACUGCAAGAACUGUUAUACGAAUAAUUCCGAAAACUGUAAAAUUGUUGGUGGACAUAAAUAUGUUAUACCUCGAGGAUGGAUUCGAUUUGGUUUAAAAGUCAAUAGACAAUUUGCAACAAGUAACAAUAUAUGGAAUGAAUGGUCUACUUCAUUUCAUGGUACAUCUGUUAGUAUGGCUAAAUCAUCAUAUGAAAAAAAUCGUUUAACAGAAAAAGAUCAAUUUUAUUCAUCACCCACUAUAAAAUAUUCUGAAAAAUUCUCUUCUAAAACAAUAUUCACGUCAUCUAAUAAUAAACAAUAUCGUAUCAAACUUGUUUUCGAAUGUAAACAAAAACCAGAUACAUUUCAAAUACAAAAAGAAACAGUCGGUUCUACCACUAAACGAAUAUGUGCCCAUAUACCAAAUAAUGAAAUCAAAUGGUACUCAGAUACAUUAUCAUCAGUUGUCAUUUGUGGAUUGUUAGUUCACAUGAACGCUAUUACAGAUAAAUGUUCAUAUUCAUUAUUAUGUGAACAAUUCAUUGAUAGUUUAAAAUGGGAACAGGAAUUAUUUAAUAAAGACUAUAAUAAAUGUUAUUGUAAUAAAUGUUAUCUAGAUACUUGGCUAAGGACAUAUACAGUUGGUGAACUUAAAUGUGUCCUUCCACGUGGAUGGAUGAGAUUUGGUGUUCGAAUAGAUGAAACAUUUGUUAGAAUUCACGAUAUAUGGAAGAAUUGGGCUAAUACAUAUCAUGGUACAUCAGUGACAGCAGCUAAAUCAAUAUUAGUUCAUAGACAAUUUCUAUUACCAGGAGAUACAUUAUUAGAUGGGAGAAAACUAGAAAUACAUCGUGAACAUAUUCCGGGCAUGAAUCACUUUUAUACAUCCCCAACAAUUAAAUAUUCUAGUUUAUCUACAUAUUGUCCUAAAAUACAAUUUACAUCGGCAAAUGGUGAAAAGUAUGAUGUUCGAGUCGUAUUACAAUGUAAACAAAAGCCAGGGACAUUCAAAAUUCAACGUGAAACAGUUGGUUAUGGUACAACGCCAAUAUGUGAAUAUAUUUCAAAUGAAGAAAUUGAAUGGUAUUCAGAAUCGAGAGCAUCAAUUAUAGUAUUUGGUGUAUUAGUUCAUAUCGAAAAAAUUGUAUGA